CGCAUUAGGCGCGCUUUCCAGUACAAAAUGGGUCUUUUCGACACACUCAUCGGCUUUCUCGGUCUGAAAAAGAAACAAGCCAGCGUGCUCAUCGUCGGUUUGGACAACAGCGGUAAGAGCACCAUUCUGAACCAUUUCAAGCCGGACGAGCAGAAGUCCGUAGAGAUCGUGCCUACGGUGGGAUUCAACGUGGAUUCCUUCAAGAUGAACAACUUGUCCCUAACUGCAUUCGAUAUGUCGGGCCAGGGGAGAUACCGUAGCUUGUGGGAACAUUACUACAAGGACACACACGGCGUCAUAUUCGUUAUCGACAGCACGGAUUCGCUCCGUUUGGUUGUGGCCAAAGACGAAUUGGACAUGAUGCUGCAGCACAAGGAUAUGAAGGACAGAGCGCUGCCAAUUCUGUUUUUUGCAAACAAGAGCGACUUACGUGAUGCUCUGUCCAGUGUGAAAAUCAGUCAGUCCCUCGGCUUGGACCUUUUGAAGGACAAGUCAUGGCACAUCUGCGCUAGCAACGCCUUGACUGGUGAAGGGCUUCGUGAAGGUCUAGAGUGGAUGAGCGACCAAAUACAAACGUACAUGCAAAAGAGGUGAUACGGUGAUGAAAGCUUUGCUGUGUUUGUUGUGCCGUGGACGGUCGCAGUGGCACGAAGGAUUCCAAGAAACACACGAAAGAAGAUUUGCAGGAACAUUUGGACGAUUGAUGCAAGAUAUCGUAUCAAAACACAUGUGGCAUCGCAUCAUCCUAAUAAAACCCCAUAUGAGACGAAAAUGAAAAUACAGUUUAUCGAAUGCAUUAGCUGCA